GUAUUAUUUUGUCUUAGCUUACUUGACGCUGGCACCCCAAAUCGCCUUAUGGUUGUUAAGACUUGAACGGUUUUCCUGUAUCUGUGGGAAUUUCUUUUGGCAAAGGUUUUGAGAGAUAAGCAAAGAGAAUUGGCACAGAUUUCUCAUCGCGGAUAUUUUGGUGAAAUUUUGAAGCCAGCGGGCCUUUCUAUCAAUUGAAGGAGCUACUUCGUACCCCCGGUGAGUUACUGCCUCUCCCUAAAAAGAUGAGCUUCUUCAAGUUUGACGCUAUAGCGGAUAUCCUCGUGUUCGGCUAAUUCAGAUUUUCUAACCCUGACGGUCGUUAAAAUCACCUAAAACAGUGUUUUAAGCGCUUUUUAGCGAAAAUUGCCAGUUAGUGUGAAUGUUGUGGAAAUUAAUGAUGGCGAGCAUUUUUAAGGCUACAAAACUUAACCGACGUGCACGAGCGCUGACCAUUAGCCAGGCUUCUCCCGUUAUUUAACGUCAGACUACACGCGCAAGCUCGAAAAUGUCAGCCUCGUUCAGGCUCGUGGGGUAUUUUGUUAUGAGGUAUCGUUUAACGGCUAACAAAAGUAGUGAGCCCCCGUUAAAGAAACGGUCCUAUACGUGUGUCAUUCUGACCAGACCGUUCAUAAUUCGUCUUGUCAUGAUUUUAUGGUUUAUUUUUUAGUUGAGAGACAAAAUGGUUGUUCACUGUUGGAUUUAAUUGCGGUUAAAUUUAAAUGUAUCGGCAGCCAACUCUCGGCGGGUAAACGGGCUAAUUGCUCACAAGCUACAAGUGGGCAUGUCUUCAUGUGGGGGACGAACACUGCAGCUCAGUUGGCCUCAGUGGGCUUCCUUACUCACAUACUUAAAAACGUAACCAUAAUUUUCAGUACACCCACUGUGCUGACCGCCUGAUACAUUAUUCCCCCAUUCGUGAGUUUUUUUGGCUCUGGUGUUUUUGUUAUUAGUUCUUUUUUCAUUCACUCUAUAAAAAGUACUUGGGGGAUAACAUAGUUGCCAACUUGCCUCAGAUCUACUCCAUUAUACAAGGCACAAACUGUAGACACUGUAAAAGCUUCACUAUUGCCAGGAUUUCCCUACUGUAAUUAAGUCUCUGGUUCUUUUCUUGGAAGUGCAGCUUGUGUUAAAGACUCCAUUACACUAACCAUGACAUAGGAAGAAAAUGAACUUUUUCUUUUUUAAUAAGAGAUUUGAAUGUUUCUCAGGUUAAAUUUUGUUGAAAACCUCUAGGGAUUCUGUAUCAGAGACAGCAUUAUCCCAAAAAAAGGCUGUGAGAACGUAGGGUUUUUACAUUGACUUAUAUUCUAGUACAGUGUUGUUGCACAAUUAACCAAUACACUAUUGAGAUGGCAGUAUGACCUGGUCGAUAAACCACAGAGAUUGUGAAUUUUGACAUAGGUAAAAGUCCAGAAAGCUGAAGUGAAGAGCUGCAGGGAUGCCUUAACCUAUGUAUGUAUAUCCAGAUUUGAGAAAGCAUGUUUGUUCGGUACAGAAAAUAAUCAAAGGAGCAAGUCACACCAAAAUGACCGUGAUAAUGCAUGAUAUUAUUAGCAUAAUAUCAGUAUUGCAUAUCUUACCUUUAAAAAGGUGAUAAUCCUCUCUGUAGAUAUAAACAUUUCUGCUGACAAGUACAGCACGUCCUCAAAAUGUAACUACCCUCCACACAACACCAACUGCAAGUUUGAUUAUUGGUCCACUAAGUAGCUAUACCUUCUAUUUGUUUUAUCCAUUUAUAAAGUUUAUGCAAAAUAUAGUACAUAGUACAACUUCUGUCUGUUACAAACAAGUCAUAGUAAUAUCUGUUAUGCAUGUAGAGAUUAUAGUCCUUGGUCCUUGGUUGCUCAACAUUUGUCAGCUCUAGCUCAAGAGCUAUACAGCCAGAUUCAGUCGCCAAUUUUUUAUUUGCACGAAAAAGCAGAGAAUGUAGCUGAACCAGAAACCGGCGAUAUGACUAGCAUAGAAGUCACACUGUCUGGAGUUCAGGCAGACUACUGCAGAGCAACUCGGAUAGUCCAAUGCUCAUCAUGACAUGGGCAUGACGAAAAGUUAACAGGUUAAUGGUAAUAUAAUGUAGACUCAAAUAUUGUGGACCAAUCCCACUAAUAAUACUCACACCAUUACUGUUCUGUUGGCCUGAUAGUUGCUGAGUGAUGGCGUUGUUCCAAUUACGCAACUCAAAAUUGCACCACAAAAAUUUGAACUUCUACAAUGGACGAAUUGUCAACUUGUUUUUGCUUUAUCGUCCUUUAACAGCCAAUACAUCCUGUUGUAGGACAGUAAGUCACACCAUCAUUAGACCAUGUACUCGUAGUUGCAGGUCUGAUUGGUGUGACAUGUUGACAUAACAGAGGGUAAGGCGAACAGUCGUUAUUUUAGUAUCAUAUGACAGUUCAGCGCAGGUCAUGACCAAACCCUCAGGCUUGUGUUUCAACUAGACUCCACUGAGACCGUGACGUUAGACAAGAGUCACAGGAAGUAAUAAAAAUCUGUUUCAUCGUUUAAUAAUUUUGCCUGGAAAAAGGCUCAGAAAAAUCCAACUGUAUCUGACGUGUAAAUGGUUCUGUCUGUCAUGAUGUUAGUAACUGAUGAAAAAAGUUGGCAAAACUAUUGAACAGUUUGUGUUGGACAGACCUCUCCAGGUAGUAAUUUUGACAUGUUCGGGAGUCAGACUGAGCUCUCAUAGAGUCAUAACAUAAUGACUUCACCGUCUUUUGUGUUGUUCUCUUGCAGUAAUUAUGUUGAAAUGCUUUUCCCCAUACACCCAAAUAGUUACCAAAUGUAACCACGUCGCCGUUCCCCUGGCUUUUGUCUCACAGCUAUGAACAAUUUAAGGAAUCAUUUCAGUUUUUUCUCUUUUUAUUUGUUUAUUCAAGUGUUUUUUGGCCUGAUCUGAGUUUGUAUCUCUCCUAAAAUAUCAUCCGCUCUUAUUUUCCUCUUUUUAAAAGUUUAUUGUCUAUGUAGCUUAUUUCAAACAUACCAGAACUGCAACAAUUUACUAACUUGUCAUGUGGUUUGUCAACAGGAAAUGUUUUUGAAAUAAUUGUAAUGUAAAGGUAGCAGAAAAUAUAUAGGCAUUGUUUUUCUCAUUGUCUCUUCUGCUUCCAGGUCCUGUGACGGAUUUUCCCUCCCUGCUGUUGUGUGUAAGGAGGAGAGGAAGCAAAGAUGCCGAAACCGGUAAGAUGCUUAAAUGAGUUAGGCUAUGUUCACAUUGCAGGUCAAUUCCGAUUUUUUAACCAUAUAAACACAUCAAGCCUGAUGCGAUUUUGCUCACUUUCCGGGGGGAAAAGACGUGUUUCGGGUGGAAGCGGGAAGACUGACACAAAAAAAUCUGGAUUGUGCCUCAUAACCUGCAGUGUGAACGUAGCCUUAGAUGAAAGAUGGCAUAAAAAUGUCAGCAGUUUUGAAACAUUGCUCCACAACGGUGUUCAGAAAUUCAACACUUGGAAGAAAAGGUAGAGAGAGACAUACUAAAGCUGGGAACUUUCCCGCUAAUUGAUUCGGGUUGUUUGAUAUGAGAAAUAGAGUUGCAGGCAUAACUUAGUAAGUAGUUUAUGAUGUCUAACAUGGAUAAGAAACUUAAAGGUUGCAGUUUGUAGGCCUGAGAGCUACAUCUGUGCAUCAGAGAAGUUGAAGUUUCUCCCCCCCUAGCUACUCCCACCCCUCAUACUCCUCUUCCAAGUAAACAACAGCCAGAGUGUGAAGCGAAGUGCCUGGCCCACAGGCCUGCAACUGCAACACUGCUGCCUUUGUUGUUUAAAGGGUGGAGAGAAUGCCAGAGUCCCGGGAUGUGAACAACGCCAAAACAAAAACCAAUUUGAUGCAGUUCUUUCACGGCUGUUAGUGCCGUUCUUUCAGCAAAAACAGAUCCGGGUAGCGCGCUCUAAUUAAACUGCACACAAUGCUCUCAACACUCAGUUGUUUUUUCGCAUUGCAAUGAGGGAUUGUCAAAGUAUGAUGGUGUCUUCUUGUCCUGAUUUGAGUGUCUUCCGUGGAACAGUGAAAGGUCAGGUUGCCGAAGCUUGCAUCAGAAACUUUCCGAGCAACUGAGAACAACAGGCUUCAGGCUCUCCCUCAAGUGAAGCAUGUCCUCUGUCUGGCUGUUCUCGAAGCGGUGGGUGUUUGCAUGUGGGGGGAUUUUUAGAAACUACACAGGAAGAAGAAACCAGGCGCUGAUGUCACCCUUCAUUUCCUCCUACUGUCCCCUGAGUCACAAAGGCACUGUCCCAAAAACCGACCCCAUGACAGAGCAGGGAGCGACGUCUCUGUCUUAGACAAUAACUGACAGAGAAAGUACAGCAGGGAGGCACUGACAUAAUAAACAGAGGAAGCAAGACCCAUCGGACAUGACUCCCCCCAGGCUCUGUGCCAGACAUCAUAACUUUUGAAAUGGGCCUUUUUUGUCUCACUGUCAGCACUCAUCUGUAACAAAGGCAUAUAAACAGUUACAAGGUUGAGUAAAAGAGCAGUUUGUGCUGCCAGGAGGAAGGGCACUGAUGUUGUGAUACUUUUAUUGAAUUUUAUACAAACACAUGGUUGACACAAAAUAGAGUGUACGGCCUGCGUAUUUUUUAAAUUAGGGCUUGGCGAUAAAAUUUAUAUUCCGUGUUUUAUUUCACAUUUGUAUUUUGAAGUGCAGAAUAAUAAUAUAGAACUCUGUGAACUAGUUUCCUAAGUUUCUCAAAGCUCAGUCGAGAAACGGUGUAUCAUCUGUAGAUGUAAAAGUUUUCAGCAGCUCCUGGUAGAAAAUAUUUGUGUGGAUCGGUUGUUUUCAAAGACUCGCAGGCAGAAACAACGCCAAGUUUGUUGACUUGAAUGUGGCAAACAUUAGCAGAGCUAGUACCACCAGACUUUGGUUGGUCGUUAUCUUUGUAAUGUUUGUACUGACGUCCGAAAUAAUCGCACGAUAAAAUGCUCCCGGUGUGAAAUGAUCUUUACUUUGUUACCUUUUUUUUAACGGGGCUAAUGUCAAAGGCUGAUGCCUUCACUCACAGGGCAAGGUAUACAGUUCAUUCAUUCAACAGUAGUAUUGGAUCUGUAUAUUGGAUAUCGGCCGAUACGCUCAGCCGGUAUCGGUAUCGGAGAAAAAUGGAUCUGUGCAUCUCUAAAGGCGUUGUUUGUUAUACACCAUAUAAAGCGGACACGACCUACAAACAACUUUUUUCAAUUUUUGAUCAGUUUACUGACAAACCACUCUGUCGUCUGUGCUUGUUUACAUACGGGUAUUUGCACAUUUUUAUGAUGGCAUCAGCAUGAGUGUCUAAAAGCAUAAAAGAAUAGCUGUCAGUGAGUGUGAUAACUCAAAAUCAAGUCAAAUUUAUCUGGUGGUUUGGUUAAUUUUUUUGUUCUUUGUACACCCUGACCUUUCCUGUUCGGUGCUCUCUCCGGGCUGGAGGCCAGCUGGAGAGUUACGAGGCAGCAGCACCCCACAGGAAGAGGGCCCUCAUUGGUUUCCUCGCUUGUGGCUGUUUUCCUGUUUGCUGUACAGGGAGCCUGCUGUAUAAAUCCCGGGUCCAGGUUGGGUCAACAUCCUGACUCUGUGGAAGUUCUGAAGUAAUGUUAAAAGAGAAAGAGGAGUAUCACUUACAAAGAGGGCAGGAGUCAUGCAACAUCUGAACUCUUCAGUGUUAAGAAAACAGUCAGGCUUGUAGGAAGAUUGGAGACUCAAAAGCGAGUUUAAUAGCUGUGUUUGACCUUUAACCUCAUUUACAAAACAAAAGGUGAAUUUAUCAUCAUAAUACAAGGUCAAUACGCUCCUCCUGUCUCCUCUUUAUUAUGUGUCUGUUGCAUCUUGUAAAGUCACUUGAAGCUUUUCACAUCUUUGUCCACCUUCCCUUCCCCCCAAAGUAUGAAUGUUUGUGUUUGGAAGUAGCAGUAAUUCUUCCUCUCCUCUUCUCACUCCUCCUUCCUUUCCCCCCCCUCCUUCUCUCUCUCUCCCUCUGAAGCCUGCCUCACCCUGCAGGGGGGUUAAUCAGAGGGACAGACAGCUGCUCGGAGCCCAGCAGGACAGAUUAGUAGCUCCACUGAUUGAAGUAUAUGUGUGUGUGUGAGCGCGCGCGUCUGUCUUUAAGGCCUCUCUCAGCAAAGCUCCUCUUAACAGCUUACAGUUACUAAACAGCUGCACAUUUAACAAGAAGCCUGUCUGAGAGAGAACUCGUCUUCACAGUUGUAAUGGAGAGGAGGAUUUAACAGCACACAUGAAGGAAACAAACAUUUGAAUGUCGCAGCCUGAUACAAUGAUCAGGACUUCUUUGGUCUUUUGCACUUGGUCUGUUUUUGUUCACUUGAGGUUAAAGCUGCGACUUGAGGUUCAUAAAGUGAUGUUGCACAAGCCAAGGUUCUUGCAUGAUAAGACCAUGUCCAUCUCAAAUACACUGCAGCUCUGCCUUUCUAACCAGUAUUGUAGUAUUAGUUGGCCUAUGAGCUGAGUCUAGCUUUUGGCUCAUGCAAAGCUCCUCUUUCUGCUCCAGUGUCUCUUACUCAUUGGGUCUGUCUUUGCCAGAGGAGCCUGUGUCCCUGAAGCCUGUCAUCCUCUACAAAUGUUUUAACAGUUUAAAGAGUUUAUUCAUCUGCAUUUGUCCUGACUACACUGACAAAGACCUUGUUAACAAGAAAACCUAAAAACCUUUUUUUUUUUUUUUUUGGCAGGGCAGAUGUUUGCCUAUUAUUUCUAAAAACACUAGGGCACAAUUUUUAGGGGUAGCACACUGUAAUUUGACCAUUGAUUCUCAUUCAUUUUGCUUUUAUCUAUCCUCUAAGCCAGUGGUUCUCAAGUCCAGUCCUCGAGGCCUCCAUCACACCUGAUUCAAAUGAUCAGCUCGUUAUCAAGCUCUGGAAUGGCUUAAUAACGAGCUGAUCAUUUGAAUCAGGUGUGUCGGAGCAGGGAAACAUCCAUAACAUGCAGGACAGUGGGCCUCGAGGACUGGAUUAGAGAACCACUGCUCCAAGCAAACACUGUAUACAUCUCAAAUUGAGCAGGUGGUGUUAUAAGGGAAGCUAGUUAAAGUUACUAUAACAACAAUUUCCGUAAAACAGGAAAUAUGCACCGAGUUUAACUUCAUGUGGAGCCGAGUUCCAGCUGUAGGAGCCACAAACCAGCAUCAAAUGUCCUCAGAUGAUGUUUUGGUGUUAUGCUAACAAGGAAGCCAGUUGCAGUUGUUGUGCUGUUACAUUUCUUGGAAGUUUGAGGCAGCAAAUUAUACACUUUAUUAAACAAACACACUUGGUUUUACAGGUAGUAUACAUUCUUUCUAUAUUAGUUGUAGGACAAAUCUAACAGCUUCCUAGAACUAUUGUUGUUUGGAGUUUACCGCAGGCCAGAGUCUUAGCUUUAACCUCUAACUUGAAAUAGUCUUACUCUCUUUGCAGGGAGAUUAAUUCGGUCCUUUUAGGAACUGUUGUUUCGCCUGGUUAGAAUGUUUUGUGUUGCCAGAUUGUGUCACACAAGGACAGACUCGCAAAAGUUGCUCCUUUGAGACUGCUUAGUUGUCAGCGUGUGUGAUUAGCUGUGUCAGAGCGUCGGCAUGUUGUCGUCUCUGUCCACCUCCCCCUCUCUCUCUGCAGGAGAGAGAGGAUUAACUGACCGUCUGGUCCGUGCAGGAUUCCACCUCUCUGCGCCCUGUGGGUUGGCUAUGUUUUGGAACACACACACACACACACACACACACACACACAUACACAUACACAAAGGCUGGCUCCUCACAAAUGCAGGAGAAGGAACAUUCAUGUCCGGUCACUUGGAAACUGGUGCAGCAGCGCUAUGUUCUCCAUAACUACUCCAGUCUCACAGAGUCAAUGAGGCAUCUACUGAAACCAAAACAGACUCAAUUCAAUCGCCAGUGAACCAUGGAUGAAUGUAUCCAGGGGUGUGUUUGGUACACUGAAAAGACUUGAUGAAGAAGUUGCAAAAAGUUUGACUCUAAUUGCCAGUAUGUGUGCAAUGAAUAAAUAGUUGUUGGACUCUUAUUCACAAAAUCUCAGCCCCCUCAAUUAAGUACAAGCUAUAAAAUGCUACAGAUUUGUUGUGAUAGCACCCUCCAGUUCCUCUUAAUCCUAACCUUAAUUUUUGUAGGUAAUCCCAGCUUCAGAAUUGAACUACAGUGAACUGCAAACACAGUGUUACAUAAAGUCUCUGAACUUGGUGCAUUUUAGCGACACUGUCCAAAAACUGCGAGUUUAUUUUGCCACAUGUGCACCCCAUCAGUUAUGUCAUCAACAUUACCAAGGAGUUAAAUUUUCCAUAGUUAGUAAGCAUUAAAAGUUAACAACAUCAAGAUGGUGUUUAUAUUGCUGCAUGAGCAUUGGUUUGACCCAAACAGUAGCUGAUUAGAGCUGCCAGCCAACUUAAGAGGCCCCCUAUAACUGCAGACUGACAUCACAACUAGGGCCCGACCGAUAUGGAUUUCUUGGGGCCGAUGCCGAUUGUUAGGGGGGGGGGGGUCGCUGCGCCAUCUACAGGAUAAGUCAGGGAACUUUUCAAAUGGUGGAACAUUUUUGAAGUGAAACUGAAUCUUAUUCUCCGCAUUUUAAAUCUAAAAAUAUCAGUGAAAAUCUGCAAGUUUUGGCUGAUUACCGAUUAGUCUAAAACGGGCUAAAAUUGGCUGAUUCAAUUGGUCGGGCCCUAGUCACAACACUGCGCCCUUUAGCAGGCUUUACUAAUCAACCACUGAUCACUAUACAGGCCAACAUUCAAUGAUGAAUGGGGGGGAAAAAAAGUUAAUUUCAGUAGCAUAAAUGCUCCCAAUUUUUUUUUUUUUGGGUUAAACAGAAUAAGUUUCUGUCUUGUGCACGAAAAUACUUUCACUUAACUAUAGUAGCCAAAGUCAACAGAUGACUGUUUGUUAUAGCUCAUGUUGUAUCAUGUAACCCCAUCCUCAGCAUUCUCUCGGACAUGAUGUUAACGGAGCCGUGUUGGUAUAAGCUACUUAUGUUAUUGGAUGUCAGUGUCAGUGGUGGAAAGUGCUAUCUAGACUCACGUUCACAGAGCAUUGUAGAACUAGAUGUAGGAUAUGCUCGAGAAAUUCAAUCCAUAAACGUAUCAUACCUACUGUACUGUGAGCUGUCUCCAAUAGCGCUUAUGUCUGAGCAUUAAAAAAAAAUUUCAACUUCUCCAAUUGGUCUUAUCACUUCUCAAAAAAAGAGGUAGUUUCACACCCAGUGAGAAAGGCUUUGACAACUAUGUGUUUUUUGGUUAGAUUCUGCUUCAUCCUUUCAUUAGAAACACUAAGAAAGUGUUGAAACUGUUGUUUUUGUUGCUGCACAGUUUUUAUAAAGUUGUAUCUUACCACAGGUCACACAAAAUCUUUGCAACACAGUUUCUCCACCUUUAUUGGCUUUGUUUUACAUUUUCUCUGCCUUUUAUGAGCGUAUUUUGUUAUGUAGACAAAUUCUCAUGACAAGAUUAAGCCUUGACCUUCGUACAGAUCUAACAUUAAUGUGACAUUGAUGUUUCCCUGCUCCAACACACCUGAUUCAAAUGAUCAGCUCGUUAGUAAGCCAUUACAGAGCUUGAUAACGAGCUGAUCAUUUGAAUCAGGUGUGUUGGAGCAGGGAAACACCCAAAACAUGACUGGACUUGGGAACCACUGCAUUAAGUGGUGCAAAGAAGAACGCCAGAGACGCUGGAAGUUUUGUUAAGCAGUUUUAAAAAAUACUUAAUGCCCUAGGAUACCAACAAAAAAUACCUCAAAUGUCUAUACCAUCACAACAAAGUCAUGUUUGAUGUUAAAGUCAAACAUGUUUGAUUACAACCACUUGAAUCUUUGAGGAUUAUUCAGUUUGAGUUUAGGAAGCACCGCUGUAAUGCAGAAACUACAUCAAAAGGAAAUCCAUCAUCACUGAAGGCUAAGAGAUCUUUUUAAUCUUAUUCCAGGAUACUGCAGAAGUUAUCUUCAAAAAUAAACCUCGCCUAAAGCGGGUUAUAUUACAAACAUGUAGCUUACAAAUAAGUCUUUUUGUAUCAUAUGUUACAUAAAUAGAUCUGUGCAAGGUAGAGUUAUAAUGUAGGUUAAGUAGGAGAGUUCAGGCUGGAUGUGUACGGUGCGGCGAAAGUGCUCCAACUUUUCAUGGGUAAUUAAUGAGAGGCAGAUACAUUGUGGUCUAAGCUCCAUGCGGUGCAUGGGGAGUCCAGCUAUGAGCGGUAUAGCACAAGUUUCAUGGAUUAUUAAUCGCAGGGAUGUUGUCAGAAACAGAGGGUUGAGGGACAGUGCGGGAGGAAUGCAAAGUAAGCCUUCCUGAGGUUUGGGUGAAAUCGCUCAGAGGAAAAAGGGAGGUCCUCUGGUUCUUUUUCUGCAUCUCUUCUCCUCCUUUCCCUUCCUUUUUAUGAAAGCUUCACUCAUCUUCAGUCACAUCCCUGUAACUUCAUCUGAAAGGGAGUCCACCCCAGAUCAGUUGCUUACUUCCUGUUGCAUUUAUCUUCCCCCGCUUUUUUUUUUUAAACUUGCAAGCUCUCACUUCUGCACUUUGCCUCUUGUGCUUCCCUGCGUAUCUCUACCAACCACAGCUGAAGCGACACACAUCUCUGUGCGCUCGGAGGUGUAAGAGGAAGGAUGUCAGAUAUCUCGGAAGGUCAGCCCCCUGCCCAUUUUCGCUCUCUACCAUCGGCUGCUGCUAGGCUUGCCGCCAGCACAGUAAGCGGGCACGGCCAAUGACUGGGUUUUAUUCCCUGCUCCACCCCAUGUAGCUGAGAAGUUGUAGGCUGCCCUCGGAAAGAAAAAGAGGGGCCCUGGCAGUGAAGGAUGGAAACAUGAAGAGAGAUUUAAGUUUACACUUUUGGCCUCCUUGGUUUGGGGAAAAUUGAGACUCACUCUACACACAUGCUGAGUUGUGUGUUUAAGUUUAAGUUGGAUUGUAUAUUUGGUAGUUUCAAUAAAAGGGAACUUCCAAAAUGACUCGGCGUACUGGGUUUGUGAUACAGAUUUUCCACAAUAUUCUUCAGUCUGUACAUGACACAGUUUAUGUUCAAGUUAUGAAAAAAACUUUUGCUUACCAGUCUUAAAUUUUCUCCAAAGAUGACAACAUAUUCUUAGAAAAGCUCCAGCAGAAGUUUAGGUUCAAAGCAAAUGAUGUAGCUAGCAACCAAAGUCAUUCUGUUGUCUGUUUUCCAGAUCAACGUCCGUGUGACCACUAUGGAUGCCGAGCUGGAGUUUGCCAUCCAGCCAAAUACCACAGGGAAACAACUCUUUGACCAGGUGAGCAUAACCGACACCUUUUUGUUCGGUUUACUUUUGCCAUAGACUGUAUAUACUAUGGACAACGAGGCAUGGAGCAGACUCAGUCGCCAGCUGUAGUCCAAAAGUAGAACAUGUGCAUUAAGCUGCUUUCUUUUCGAUUUGUUUUGUUUUUGUAUUAUGGGUAGAAACUUUUUCGAAAAACCUGUAAACACUUGUGUUGGAGGACGUCACUUUUGAGCAGAUUCAAGGUUGUUAAGUGUCCUUGUCUUGUCCUUGUCUUUUGUUGCAACUCGAGGGACUGAAAAAAUUAAAACAACGAGGAAAAUAGACGUCCUUCUCUGAGUUAUUUCAGCCGAGAUAAAUCAAAAGAUAUGCGCGAACAAGUUAUGCACUUGUUAAUUCCUCCCACUCAGACUCAAAAAACAUUUAACGAGCAGGGUCCUUGUAGAGCAUCUGCAGCAAAACACUUGAAUCUGUCGACUCAGGUAGUCUUUUGUGAAAGUUGGUGCAUGUUUGGGACAGAGUGUGCCAUUGCUCUGAAAGUUUGCAUUUAACACCUGUGGGAAAUCCUAUUUCUUUUUCUUAAAUCUCAGGUGGUGAAGACAGUGGGACUGCGGGAGGUCUGGUUCUUUGGUCUCCAGUAUAUAGACAGUAAAGGCUACAUCACCUGGCUCAAGCUCAACAAGAAGGUCAGUCUUUGUCGUCUUUCUGCUCUUAUUAACCUGCUGGUUGUUGCACAAAGUGGAUUUCACAAUCCAACGGUUGUGUCAAAGUAAAGGCACAAGUUUUCAUCUGCUUCUGUCCAAAGAUUUGUCACACACUCAUACACGUUGACAACUGAUUUUAUAUCUUAUAUCCAACCAAAACAAUAUGUAAAAAUAAAGUAUUCAAGUAAUCAGUUGUACGAGGGUCUCUCUGUUCCUUCUCUCUUCCUAUCUGUUUGUCUUUGAUCCAGUCAGUGUCGGAAGUUUGUUUGGGGUUUGCCCAGAAGCUCUGCUGCAUCUGGAGCGUCAGAUGAGCUCUAUUUAAAAGGCUUCCUCUCCCUCUGUCUCUCAAGCUAACACGCCCACGCACACACACCGGCCUCACAGUUUGACUGUGUGUGUUUCUGACGGUGUAUGACAGAAGAUUUCCCUCACACUUUACAUGUGUGUGGGAGACAGAGAUGGAGAGAGUCAGGGGUUUCAGAGAUAUCUGGUGCAAUGUUCUGGAUAUGUUUAAGUGUUGUGAAAGCGCUGUGCCGUGUGUUUUAUGAUUUCAAACCCUCCAGCCAUUAUAGACCAAUGCAGAUCUGUCAGCGUGAUGAAGAAAAGGAUUUCCAGGAGCUUGAAAUGGAAACUAUGUUGUUGGAGUGUGAGAAACAACUGUGCAGCUGCCCUUAGAUAUCAACAAGAUCUCUCCUGAUCCACACUAAUACAUUUUCCAACACUUUGCCAGUUGUUUGUAUGAACCAUUGAAUUCAUAUACAAGAGAAAAAGAGAGGAUUAUUCAAGGGCCACAGAAAUUGAACACUGAACUGUGUCGUCUGUAUACUGAAGGUUUGGGAUGUUGUGUCUCUGUUUCAGGUGACUCAGCAGGAUGUAAAGAAAGAGAACCCUCUGCAAUUCAAGUUCAGAGCCAAGUUCUUCCCGGAGGACGUCUCAGAGGAACUAAUCCAAGAGAUCACACAGAGACUCUUCUUCCUGCAGGUAACAAGACACCCAGUCAAGUUACCCUCCAUUUUUUAACUCAUGCAGGAAAAGAAGUUGAAUGAGUAUUCACUCAGAGAGUGGAUUGCACAGUUUGGGAUGUUCAUACUAAAGUGAGUUACUGUUCAACCUUCAACUAUGGAAAGCCUAAUCCAUAAAUGUAAGGUAACAACUGAGACCUAAUGGUGCUGUGACAGCAACGCGAUUGAGUUUGAGACAGUGAAAAAAUACAUAAGGUAUUUUGUAUCUGAACAGGUUAGCUUACGAGCUAAAGUUACAUAGCACAGAUGAAAGUAAAAACAAAGACGUUUAGCAAACUGUUAAAGCACACAAACCAUCAUCAUAUGAGAAAUCCGACACUAUGACUCUCCACAAGUUGUCCUUUAGGUCGUUAUCUUCAUCUCGCCCAGCCCUAUUUUGACCCUAAAUGAGAGUUUAAUGACUGAAUUUAUUCCCCAGGUUAAGGAGGCCAUUCUCAACGAUGAGAACUACUGUCCCCCAGAGACAGCUGUGCUACUAGCAUCAUACGCAGUCCAGGCCAAGUACGGGGACUACAACAAAGAUGUCCACAAGCUCGGCUACCUUACCCAUGACAGACUGCUGCCUCAGAGGUAAAAAUAUUUCCCUACGUGAGUGAAAACGGAGGGAUGUGUGGGAAGUUUCCGUUUUGUUUUCACACACAGAUCCAUUCAAACCUGGAAUGCGUCGCGUUCCUGUUGGAUUUUUUUAAUGAUUUCCUCCUGCGGAAGUAAUCUGUACCGUUCAACAAUCCAUUCAGGUGAUGUCACUGUGGUUAUGUUGUGUUUGUGUGCGCAGAGUCCUGGAGCAGCACAAACUGACCAAGGAGCAAUGGGAGGACAGGAUACAGACCUGGCACGAAGAACACAGAGGAAUGCUCAGGUAUGUGUCACUUUUUUUUUCCACUGGAAAUCCCCUCAGAAGAAGAAAAUAGGUCUGUGGGUGAACAUGUUUGGCCUUGUUGGGACACUGAAUUACACAAUAUGCCAUUAUCUGUGCGAUUGCUUAUGUUAGAGGACUGAACAUGGUCUUAUUUAACUGAUGUUAUGGGGACAUUUCCUGAUAAAACAGCUCUGACUCCCUCUGUUUUUACUCCUUUUCCAGAGAAGACUCCAUGAUGGAAUACCUUAAAAUCGCUCAGGACUUGGAGAUGUACGGAGUCAACUACUUUGAGAUUAAAAACAAGAAGGGCACACAGCUGUGGCUGGGCGUGGACGCACUCGGCCUCAAUAUUUACGAACAUGAAGACAAGUAAGAAGCACACAAACUCGGACGGACACAGAGAUUCUUUGUUUUUGAACACAAAAUUAUUCGUGGCUUUACAACUGUAAUGCAGUUCAGACUAGUCACCAACAAGACUCAGACAUCAAACACCAGCCUACUUGCCACUUUUUCAUGGGUGUCAUGCUUCAAGGGCGCUAAAAGCUGUGGUUUGUGUCAAUUACACAACCGUUGUAGACACUUGUGAGGAGAUGAAAGCUUUUGACACAGUGUCACAACCAAGUAUGUGCCAAAGCAUGUCAUCACAACGGUAAAACACCACCUGUGUAACACAACCUCACCACAAGACCUGAGCGCUUCUCUCUACAUGAACUCAAACUCAAGAUUUAGUUUUCAGACAAUAAUGAGCAAAACACCGCCUGAUCUUUUUGGAUGUUUUUUUUUUUUUUUUAAACUUGUGUCCAUGUUUAAGGACUUAUUUUUCCCGAGGACGGCGUGUUUUUUAAAUGCAUGCAAAAAGAGUGCCUAGUAUAGUUACUAUGCUACAAAUGCUAGCUUCAUGAUCACCUGCAGUUGGUUUACUUUUUUUUUUUUUGUCUGGCUGCAGAGUCUAAAAAUAGUUCAGUACUGGUAGAAAGCUGCACAUCAGUCAGACUUCCUUCAAACUAACGCUAUCCUGAGUAACCGUCAUACUUUGUAUCACUGUUCCUUCUAUGAAGAGCAAGGGUAAUGAGGUAUUUUACAUCCAAGACUGUCAAGCCCCUUUUGUAUUGAUAAAUGAGGGCCAUUGAUUCCUUUUUGCCUCUGUUACUAUCUCUGAUACUGCCACAGUAGUGGGAUGACUUGGCCUGACCUUCCUUAGAAGUUAAUUAGGGUAUUUAGUGGCCCUAAGUUUGAAACUAGUAAACAUUGAUUAACACUAAGAAAGAACUACCACCAAUCUUUGAAUUCAUUGAUAAGUUUUACAGAAAUAAGUGAAAUAAGAAAAUAAAGAGGUCAGGCUUGCUCUGGUGUUUCUCUCUUGUUCAGAGGUUUAUCUGUGAAAUCAGGUGCUCUGUUUGCUCUAGGUUUCAAAGCAGAGAUAUUUUUAAAGUCCAAACUGAGAGAUGGGUUUAGAAAGGAAGGCCGUGUCUGUACGCUGUAGGAGAGUCUUUCCUGUGGUCCGCUCGGAGAUAUUUUUUACCCUUUGUGGAAAAAAGGGAUUGAUUUAAUCACAUCUCCUGCAGCAUUUCCUCUCACUGCUGUUCCCUUCCUGCCUGUCAUCCGAGGUCAUCACGAGUGCUGUUCCUCUUUUCUUUUCCAGGUAAAAUAGGAAGGAAGACAGGGAUGGUUUCUCUCCGUCUUGAACAAAGGGAACUCCCCAUAAUCAAUCUAUUCCUGUGUUUUCACUUUUAUCUUCUCUUUUCUUUCUUUUCUUUUUUUUUUUUUGAGUUGAGCAAACAAUCCACUCUGUAUUUUUUUAACAGCGAGUGAGAUAUUUUGAGCAACAUUAACCCAUUUUGGUUUUGUGCUGCUUGUCUUUCCCCCUGAACCCCAGAAAACUUGAAGAUGGAAAAAAUAGAGGAGUAUUCAACCUCCUGAUUCCUUGCCAAAUAUUUUUUCUUUCUGUUAGAGCCCCACCUGCUGGCUGAAUUUUAUACAACACUGCCAAUUAACUGCCAAUUGCAGAGCACAGUGAAUUGUCCUGUGUUGUUUUUUUCCUUUAGUAAGACUUUCAAAAAAUGAAGUUUUAGUUAUUGACCACGUUUUUACAUUCUUGUUUCAGGUUAACACCAAAGAUCGGCUUCCCCUGGAGUGAAAUUCGAAACAUCUCUUUCAACGACAAGAAGUUUGUCAUCAAACCGAUUGACAAGAAAGCACCGGUGAGUGUAACAUUCACCAAAUCGAUGUAGAGGAAUAAAAUGUGUUUUUGUUCCUGCUCAAUGUAGAUAUAAGAGAAUGUUUUUCCUCACAUUAAAGGAUAUGUUUUCACCCUGUUCUUUUUGCAGGACUUUGUGUUUUAUGCACCACGGCUGCGCAUCAACAAGCGGAUCUUGGCCUUGUGUAUGGGGAACCACGAGUUGUACAUGAGGAGGAGAAAACCCGACACCAUCGAGGUGCAGCAGAUGAAGGCUCAGGCCCGGGAAGAGAAACACCACAAACAGAUGGAAAGGUACGGCUGUGGGUUCUCACAGUCAGGGUUUUAUUUUUCUGUUUUUUGUUUGAAAUUUAUUUUGCAGAUCAGAUGUAUUACACAGAAUUGUUUGUAUUAAAUCCAACUUUCACUUUUAAAACCUUAAAUCAUUAAAAGAUAACUUAAAGAUAAAGAGCAUUUGCCCCACUGGAGGGCAGUCUUGCUCCUUUUAGCACAGUCUGGAUUAAAGGGAGUGGCUGAGGAUGGCCUUUCCUGAUCAGAUUGCUUGAUCAACUUUUUCUUUUUAUUAAUUUCAGUCAUCAGGACUGUACAUUCACUUUUUUCCUUACUAUCCAACAAAAACUUCGAACUGCACAUAAUUUAACACAAAUCAAACUGCUGUAUCUGCUCUUUCUCAGCAUCUGUUGCUAUCAGCAGCAUAAUAAAUACAUCCUUAAUAUGUUAAAUAUCUACCUCUGCAUUUAAGAACAUUUUUGACCAAAACAGAAAAGUUUCCAGAAAUGGUUCCCUGAGACUUGUUUGUUGUAUGUUUUGCCAUGUAUAAUUAUGUUAAUGUCAAUUCUUCUUAAAUCCCUUUAAUGCGCCUCAGACUGUUUUGAAGGACAGUUUCUAUUUGCAUUUUUUAUUGGCUUCACUUUUCCCUGUGCAGUUAUCCCUUUACAAAAUUAAUACAACAUGACAAACCAUUAGUAUCCAAAGAGCACAUUAAACAAAGACGGAUUCUGCUAUCCACAAACUGAAAAUUUAGUUUUGAGUUCCCCGCACUGUCUUUGGUGUUUUCUUUGUGCAUAUUUUUACUUGUUAUAUACCCAAAGUUUUCUUGCCAUAUUCAGUUAUUGACAAUAAAAUUAUUCAUGCACUUUACUUUAAUGCAGUGGUUCUCAAGUCCAGUCCUCGAGGCCCACUGUCCUGCACGUUUUGGAUGUUUCCCUGCUCCAACACACCUGAUUCAAAUGAUCAGCUCGUCAUUGAGCCAUUACAGAGCUUGAUAACGAGCUGAUCAUUUGAAUCAGGUGUGUUGGAGCAGGGAAACAUCCAAAACAUGCAGGACAGUGGGCCUCGAGGACUGGACUUGAGAACCACUGCUUUAAUGCAUUAAAUAAAAAUUCCUUUUUCCUUCUGGAUUCAUGGACCACACUUAGUUUGGAGCCCUGUAUUACAUUAAAAAUGAAUGUUUGUCACUGAAAUGCACUCAGAAAAUCUAAAGUGUGUAUCUGCAAAACUUCUCAGGGCUCAGCUGGAGAAUGAGAAGAAGAAGAGGGAGUAUGCAGAGAAAGAGAAGGAGAGGAUAGAGCGUGAGAAAGAGGAGCUCAUGGAGAGGCUGAAACAGAUUGAAGAGCAGACGAUGAGAGCUCAGAAAGGUACACAUUUCUCUUUUCAUUCAUCCAUCUGUUCUCUCAUCUUUGCUCACCCUUCUCUCCUUAUGUCCGACAAAUCAGGAAAUCGCUCUGAGCCAAGCCCUAUCAUGUCUAUUCAUCAUGCUUGUGCAACCAGAAAUAAACCACAGUUAUUUUUGUCAAUGCACCCUAAGUUCAGAUAUUUUUGAAACGUGCACAACUGAAGUGCAAAAUGAUGUUUAACAUUUCCGCAGAGCUUGAGGAACAGACCCGCAAGGCCUUGGAGCUGGAGCAGGAGAGACAGCGGGCGAGAGAGGAGGCCGAGAGGCUGGAGAAAGACAGGCGGGCGGCAGAGGAGGCAAAGGCAGAGCUGGCCAAACAGGCUGCAGACCAGCAGAAGAACCAGGAGCAACUGGUAUGUGUUUACUAUGACUGAUACCAUGAGCAGCACUUGUGCAGAUUUUUAUUUUAAUAAGAAACCAUGGAGAAGGGACAGGUUUUCAGUUACUCAGAAUGAGUGUUGAAAUGCUCCACUGGAACAUUCUUGUGUGUUUACUUCCUCCCAGGCUGCAGAACUGGCAGAAUUCACCGCCAAGAUCGCUCUGCUGGAAGACGCCAAAAAGAAGAAAGACGAAGAAGCCACAGAAUGGCAGCACAAGGUACAUCCGCCUCGAGUAUCUUCUAAUCACCACAUGCAGCUAGCUUCAAAUUCAAGAUAUUUUUGUCACAUUUAAAAAAAAAAAUGAGCCUCUGACUCUUAAUUGGAACAUUAUAAACUGUGUCAAGAUUACAGGUAUAGGGAUGGGAAUCAAAAACCGGUUCUUGUUGAGAACUGGUUCCAAAUGGUUCAAUCCAUCGACAUCAUUUACAUUUUAUCUUAGCGAUUCCUUUCUUCUGGUUGCCUUGAAAAACGGUCUCGUGAGAGCCAGUCGACGCGAACAAGAACAUAGACUUUGAGGAGACAAAGUAGGCAGAAAUGAUCUUAAGCGUGGCUUAAUUUUACACAGAAAGAUGACAACAGUGCAACAUGCAAAGGUGGAAACAUCAGCAUUAUGCUUAAAUAUUUGUCAACGGGGCACGGCAUCAAAUCUAAGGAGUCACAUGUAUUCAAUGUUCUCCACCGGUCGUCAGCCGCUGCUGCUCCGUCUCACAUUAGGGUGACCAUACGUCCUCUUUUACCCGGACAUGUCCUCUUUUUGGGGGGAUGUUGGGGGGAGUUUAUAAAAUCCUACAAAUGUCCUGAACAUGUACUCAUUCAUAAUAAAACAGUGCAGAGCAUCAGUGCUCUCUGCAGCUCCGCUCACUUCUAAGCAAAGCCACUGACGUGACAUACGCAUGCUGCUCCAUAUCAGCACGGCGUGGAAGGUACGUAUGUUAGGGUUUGGGGGGAUGUUGGGGGGGGGGGGGGUUGAUAAAAUCCUACACAUGUCCUGAACAUGUAUUCAUUCAUAAUAAAACAGUGCAGAGCAUCAGUGCUCUCAGGAUUCAGAAUAUGGUCACCUUAACAUAUGUCCUGUGUUAACAUAAGCACAAUGCAUCCCAGAAAUGCUGUACAAAUAACAUGUUUGUUUGAUUAUUUUUAGACUCUCACUGAAGGUGGCGUAUAUCUUUUUUUGUCAUCAGAGACUCAAUAAAAUUUUGAGUUAACAGUGAAAACCUAUAGUCUACUUUUUAUUUUUAACCGAAGAAAGACAUUGAUAAGGGAAUUGUUAAAGAAUUGAAUCAAUAAGCAGAAUCGAUAAUGGCAUCGAUAUCGAUAAAAUCUUAUCGAUUCCCAUCCCUAUACAUGUCCAACUAAAUGUUGGUAUUUUGGAUUGUAUUAUGAGGGCGCCCCAGCCAGGAGAGUCAUUUGUCUAAAACCAACUACUACUACUACUAAACUUGAAAGUGAACCGAAACUGUGACAGAAACUGAAAAAGAUAUUAAACUCUUUAACCUCAUGAUCCACCUACUCUUUCCAGCCCCUCUUCUCUAUGUCUCCAUCUAAUCCCUCCCCUCUCCAUGACCUCCCCCUGCAGGCCCUGUCAGCCCAGGAGGACCUGGAAAAGACCAAAGAGGAGCUGAAGUCCGCCAUAACGGUGAUGCCGGCUCCUCCAGGCGGCAACGCUGAGAAUGAGCACGACGAGGGAGACGAGAACCACGCGGAAGCCAGCGCCGAGCUCUCCAACGAGGGAGUCAGCCAGUUGGACCUGCGCAGCGAGGAGGCGCGCGUCACAGAGGCCCAGAAGAACGAGAGGGUCAAGAAGCAGCUGCAGGUACGAACGAGAGAGCUAACUUUUAGGGUGGAGUUAGGAGAUGGUAGAGUGGGUCAUAUUUACCCUGAAAUGUUUCCUGAAACAUAGAAACCCUAAACACCCAGCAUAUAAAAAAAAAAGUUUAUAUGCCAAAGACAUUUACUUCUGAUUACAAAGCAAUCAGAAUGAGAUUGAACGAUUAAACAAAACCAGUCUCAUUUGAUUGAAAAUGUCAAAGCUCCACGCUCUUAAUAGAAAAAAAACCAUCAAAUUUAUUCACCCUGAAGAAAUUCGCAUCCAACAAAUGCAAAUACCAACAAGAUAAUAUCAUUUUCUAACAGCAGUUUUGUUGUGAAGAAGAAAAACCAGCCAGGAAAUGGCACACCAGGGUAAGAUGAGGCUUAACUCUCCAUCCUUCUCUGAUCUCCUGCCUUUAACAGGAGUAGACAUGCUGGCUUAGACUGUAGCGUGGCUUUGAAGCAGACCUAUUGGAGCAAACUAAAUAUCAAAUCUCCUUGUAACCUCUGUUUCAUAAAAGUACGGGAGCUCUUGAUCGAAGUACACACAGAAAAAAACAGAUGUAAUCUGGUUCAGGCAGGCAACUGGAGCUGCGCUGUCUUCACACGUCCUCCUAGUUUGCUCCCUCUGCUCUCAUCGCAUUGCUCUCCAUUGCAUUGUGUUUCAGUGCUGCUCUCAUACUCAUCCACCUGCAGGCAACAUCUCUCCUGGAUUUAAAGUGUGUUCAGAGUCCAGAUGACACACAAAAACAAUCUUGCACUGCUGCAGUAAACACUAAAAAUCAUUUCCACAAUUAUUUCCUGAAUUAUUUUUUUAAAUUUACGAACAAAAACUAAACAAAGAUCGAAAUUAGGGCUUCUAUAUUUUCAAAGCUGACCCUCUCAUCUUUUCACAUUACAUCCAGUAUGAUUGCAGUGUAAAGAAAGGCAUGCAAACAUUUCAGUCAAGUCAAGUUUCUGAAAGUUGGGCUGGAUAGCGUGGCCAAGAUCUGAUUGUGUUUAGCAUGUACCCGCCUAAGUCAAGGUUUUCUGCACUUGCACCACGAUUUGCAUGCCGGGCUUCGACCCAAGAUCCUUAGAAGGAAGUCGGGUAGUAAACAAACCCGGCCUUGAAGUACAAAGGAUCAAAGCUAUAAAGUUGUCUGUGUUUACUGCCAGUUAGCUUCUUGCUAUACUGUUAUAGAUUGUUUUGGUGAAAUUAACACAAUAGUAUUGGGACUAAGACAUAAUCCGUUGAAAUUGCUUAAUCAAGCUUACCAUAGCUUGGCUUAACUCUGCAUGCAAGCAUACUAAGUGAAUACGAAACUUUAAGAAUUAGCCCUCAUAAUAUAACAUUUACAAGCACAUAUAAUCAAGAGCUGAACCACAAUGUUAACAUUUUCUUACCACUGUCUUGGUUCCCCAAACUGUAGUUUGGAGACCUGGUAUCUCUAGCUUGCUUCAGCCCGGCUUGCAGCUGCUUGUUCCCCCACUAGAAACAGAGCUUCAUUCACUUUGUGCAGUGACAAACCUCCUUUUGUGAAACCGCUGUACUUGAACUCAAGCAUCUCUAGACACUCUCUGCUGACUCAUUCGCCACUUCUUAACACGCAAAUGGAAAGUACGUAAUCAGAUUCAUCUGCAACAAAACUGCAAGGCUACGGUUUAUGUCAUUUUAACCCACCAGGCCUCUAUCCUCAAAUGGGAAGGCACGUCUGAUAGUGCCACAGGUCGGAUGGAGUAUAAAGGUUCUGCUCUUUCUCUUUGCUGUUAACCAGCUUGUUAAAACGUGGUCAGCUGUGUCAUGCAUCUAUGCUCCAAACACAGGCCUGUGACGAUACAUGAGCAGGUUAAUAAGUUAAAUUUUUUCACCUCUUUGGAAGGAAGAAUUUUUGACAGACAGCAUCAGAGGUUGUACAAACUUCUCGUCAAUCAGAAGUUCACUUGAUCACGACUUGAGUUUUUUCCCCCGCGUCCCUCCUCUGCCCUUGAGUCCUGUUUCCUCUCCUCCGCAGCUUCCAACGUACAUCUCGUCACCCCACUGUUGUUUCCUUUGUCUAUUCUUUCUCCCUCUUUUUUAAAAAAAUCCUACUCCAACUCAUCCUCAUCUUACCUUCCCUUCUCUUUGCUCUCUCAGACAUUAAGUUCAGAGUUGGCCCAGGCCAGAGACGAAACCAAGAAGACACAGAACGACGUGCUCCACGCCGAGAACGUCAAAGCGGGACGAGACAAAUACAAAACCCUGCGGCAGAUCCGACAGGGCAACACGAAGCAACGCAUCGACGAGUUUGAGUCCAUGUGAGAGCAGCACCUUUGUCCUCGGUGGGGGUAUCUGCUCAGAACUGUUCCCUCAGCGGAUGCUCGCCCAAGGCAAUCUUGAGAAAUGAUCUUGUAUAAAAACUGCCAAAGUCCAACAUUUCCGCUCUGAAAGUUUUCGGAUAUCUCCUUCGUACGGAGCUGACUAUAACACCACUCUGAACAAGAUCGUCUAUAAUCCUUAAAGAGAAACUGUCAAACCAAAAUUGAAGCAUUUUUAUUUUGAGCUAACAUGGCCAUAGAAAGCUACUUUUGUGUUCGUUAUGCUUGAUGACUCGUAUGCAAAGGUUUAGUAUGUUUUCAGUUAACAGUUAUCUGUCCUCUCUUGUUUUUAAGUUGUUCCCCGCUGCUUUUGUUUGACUCGUUUUAUCGAUGACACCCUUCUUUUUAGUUGUCUGUCCAACAUCUAAAUGCUACUCCAAGACUAUGAAUAUAGGUUUGAGUUUGGGGGGAAAAGAGUAGGUCAAUAUUUCAUUUGGCGUCAAAGCUACGUUACACCAUGUCAAAACAUAUCAAAAGCUAAUUUUGCUUAAACUCUCAAUAUCUGUGAAUUACUCAAGUGCCGAGCUGGGGCCAUUUCAGUCAUUGGGAUCGAUUUCAGCAGCUUGAAAAUUACAAUAACAGGUUAUUACAAAAAAAAUGACUGCAGUAUUUCAGUAGUUUCAUGUCAGGCUGUGCUUAAUAUCCACAAUAGCAGUAUUUUGAAUGAAAAUGAGGUCAACUGUAGGGAAUAGAGCCACCUAACUUGUCCCAUGGCAGGUUCUGAUGAGUGAAUGUAGCAGAGGUAACAAAAGGGAAAGUGUUUUUACAUGUAGAGGUGAUAGGUGAUAGGGAGCUAUUACCCUCCAGUGAGAAAGUGUUAAAAGAUAAGCUAAACGGUAGUUGUGUAGCUGCGUGCGUGCCGUCACGAUGCAUCUCAGUGUUUGAUUCCCAGUCACCACAGAUGGUUUUCUCUGCCUACCAGCUCACAAAGGAUCCCAGGGUGUUUCCCGGACAGACAGAGGAACAGAGCGGCUGUUAGUCUGUCUGUCUAACCUUUUGAGUGUGUGUGUGAAAGGUGAAGUAUAAAUGCGUGCACGUGCGAAAAACCUGGUGCCUCUCUGACUGGGGAGCUUAUGAAAACAUCAGUCCUCGAUCUCGGGACAAAUCUCUACCUCAGUUAUGUUAGCAGUGGUGACUGAUAGUCAAACACUCAGGGUGCCUCCCCUCAACCUCCUCCAGGAGAUCAAAAAAUAAGGUUAUUUUACAUGGUUACUGUCACAUGUUAGGGCGGUGCUUCUUCGCUGGCUACAAAAUGUGGUUGUAUGUUGCUUAAGGGUUUUAAAAGAAAAUUAAAAGAUGAUACUGCUAUGUAAACCCGGGCCCUAUAUAGACGUAUUUUGAGGUGUACACUGCUUCACCAGGCGGCUUUGAAAAGGGCUGUAAUGGCUUCAAAAAGGAAUUAUAUUUUGAAAAGCAUAUCUACAGACAUGGACCUUUUAUUUUGAAGAGUAAGUGGGAUAAAAAUUAAGUUAAUUUUUUUUUUUUUUUGCCAAAUUAUCCGUAGCUGCUGGUCUACCACAGCAUGAAUCUGUUAGCUGUUUCCCGAAAUAUUACGUUAGAUUCAAGGUGGCAGCAGUAGACCAGCAACUCCUACAUCAACAGGAGAAAAUUGCUGUCUCAAGAUCUUAGCAAAAUAAGGAGUCUAUCUCUGAAGAGGUCAUCUUUAUUAACAAUACAAGCCUACCAGACUGCACUUUAAGUUAGAGUUUUCAAAUGGGUUUAUUUACUCUGAAAUGUUACAUUGUCGCCUUUACAGCCCAUGCCAUGGCCGCAGGCUGAAGCAGUUUCUGGAGUUGUGAAGUUGUUUCUCACAUUUAAACAUAGAACGGUAGUUUUUCCCGCUCCCUACCUUGCUCAGAAACUUCUCAUUUUCUCCGAGAGAAAAUCCCGAAUGAGGAGUUGAAAGAAAUGUUGCUGCAAAUAUCCAAGUGGAGAUGUAUGUGAAGAAUUUAACAAAGGAGCCAUGUUAUUUUGGUCUAGUAAGGUUUCUAAAAUACUUGUAAGAUAUUAGUUUGCAGACCUCAAAUGGGCUCAUAAAGUUGAGAUAGAGUUACUGGUAGUUCUUAUCAUGAAGGGACCUUGCUCAUGCAAAUCUCUCUAGUAUCAAACAGAGAGCUGGCCAAUUUCCUUCCCCGAGUGAUAAAAUUUCAAACUAUACUGUUUGUGCUCUGGCAGCAGAACAACUCCAUCUUUUGUGGGGUGGAAAUUAGCUCAAGGGUGCAUUUUUUGAAGCAAACUUUUCCUUUUUUUUUAUUAACAAUAUGAUGAAAAAUGUCGAUGCUAUUAUUUUUAUGUGACAGCUGGUGUUGGGUUGAUAUUUUUUAAUAGACAAAGUUUUAAAGUGAAAGCACUUGUUUGAAGCCGGACACUGAAGCCUGCCUUUUGUGUUUAUCUUCAGUGUCCAUUGUUAGUGUUGUGUUUGCCAUAGCAGGUGGAGAAAUCAAACUGUGCUUCCAGCCCAUAUUUUUGUAUUUUGUUCAAAGAACCUUUACCAGUUGCAUGCAUCACCAAACUAAACAUCUUCACUGGAGGAGGAGACCUUGGUGACACGUCCAAACCUCCCCCAGUUGAGCUGUAAGGCUUCAGUUGAGUGUUUUUGGCUUGUCUGCCCCUUUCUGCUGAAGCCUGGGACUGCGGUGACGCCUGCACUGGCACCAGCUGUCACAUUUUGGUGUUUGUUUUUUUUUUUUCUCUUCAUGUUCAGGUUUAGUAAUCUUUACGAUAGUUGGCGCAGAUGGGUUGGAGUCCAUUUCAUUGGUUCACAAAUAAAAGUUUUAAAUUUUGAGCAAGUGUUUGACCCGUUUUUAUUCUGAGAAUGAAGAACAGC